GCGGGGCCCCUCUCGGUAGCCCAGUACAUGCGGGAGGCGCUCACCCACCCCGCGCAGGGUUACUACAUGCAUCAUGACAUGCUUGGAGAAAAGGGGGACUUUGUAACUUCACCUGAAAUAAGCCAGAUCUUUGGGGAGUUAAUAGGGAUAUGGUAUGUUAGUGAAUGGAUGGCCAUUGGCAAACCUAAAACUUUUCAACUUGUGGAACUGGGCCCAGGUAGAGGCACUCUUACAGGUGAUAUUUUACGGGUCUUUCACCAGCUUGGCUCUUUACACAAUAAAUGUAAUGUUUCUAUUCAUCUGGUAGAAGUGAGCCCCAAAUUAAGUGAGAUCCAAGCACUGACCCUGACAGGGGAGAAAAUACAACCAGAAUCUGAUGAUACUUCCCCUGUCUACAUGAAAGGUACUAGUAAGACUGGAAUUCCAAUUUUCUGGUACAGAACCCUUCAAGAUGUGCCACAAGGUAACAGCUUUUAUUUAGCACAUGAAUUUUUUGAUGCUCUACCAAUACAUAAAUUCCAGAGAACAGAAAAAGGCUGGCGUGAAGUGUUGAUCGAUAUAGAUCCAGAAGUUCCAGAUAAGCUGCGGUUUGUUCUGGCACCAGCUGUCACCCCAGCUGCCAAAUAUUUUAUACAGGAUGAAGAACCAAGGGACCAUGUGGAAGUAUGUCCUGAUGCUGGUGUCCUCAUUCAGAAACUCGCUUGCCGCAUUGAAAAGGACGGAGGAGCUGCAUUGAUUGCUGAUUAUGGUCAUGAUGGAACCAAGACUGACACUUUCAGGGGUUUCCGCAAUCAUAAGCUUCACGAUGUUUUGAUAGCACCAGGUACUGCAGACUUGACGGCAGAUGUUGACUUCAGCUAUCUCCGAAGCAUGACCCAGGGAAGAGUAACCACCCUGGGGCCUAUAGCACAACAAGAAUUCUUAAAAAAUAUGGGCAUUGAUGUCCGGCUACAGGUACUGUUGCAGAAAUCACAUGAUGUGACAGUUCGUGAGCAGUUGAUUCGUGGCUACCAGAUGCUUACCGAUCCCAAGCAAAUGGGAGAGCGUUUUUUUUUUUUUGCACUGCUGCCUCAUCAUAGACUUAAAAGUUCUGACAAGCAAGUGAAUCCAGGUCAUGCAAAAUCUCCUGUCCCUGCACCUAUUGCUGGAUUUAGUGAACUGCUGUGGCAAUAAAUCCAAAAGUUCCUAUUCUUGAUAAAAUAGGAAAGUUUUCCAUGCUAACCUAUUAAAAGAAUGACAGUAAAAA